UGCAGCCUCCCGUGAGGAGCGGGCGGCUGGCCGGCCGAGCGGGACCGGACCGGCGGUCCCCGAGCUUUGCCCACGCACGGACUCGCGUGCCCGACACCCUCCCGAGAAGCGCCCUCGUCUCGCGCUCGUUUCCCCGGGGGGCGCGCCCACAGGCCGGCUGCUGACAGCAUCGCUGCGCGAGAUGAAGCCGUGACAGACAGGAAUUACCCAAGAUACCAGUAUUACUUGGGAUAUUGUGGGGCAUGAUAAUCUUAUCUGAGCAUCACUUCAUGACUUAUGCAUAGAUUCAAAGGAGAAAACAGCUACAGUUACAGUGCAAAUGUCUGGUAACCAGGAUCCUGACUGAAUGAGCAAAGUAGUGUCACCAAUGUUUCAGGUUUGAAAACACAAUGGCAGGAAACAGCCUUGUUCUACCCAUUGUUCUUUGGGGUCGAAAAGCACCAACACAUUGCAUCUCAACAGUGCUUUUAACUGAUGAUGGGACCACAAUUGUAACAGGAUGCCAUGAUGGACAAAUAUGUCUUUGGGACCUUUCAGUAGAACUAUUAGAAGUUCAUCCUCGAGCUCUGUUGUUUGGUCAUACAGCUUCAAUCACUUGUUUGUCUAAGGCCUGUUCCUCCAGUGACAAGCAGUAUAUUGUGAGUGCAUCUGCAAGUGGGGAGAUGUGCCUCUGGGAUGUGAAUGAUGGCCGAUGUAUUGAAUUUACAAAAUUAGCUUGCACACAUACUGGAAUACAGUUCUACCAGUUCUCUGUUGGAAAUCAGCGCGAAGGAAGGCUUUUAUGCCAUGGACAUUAUCCGGAAAUACUUGUUGUGGAUGCUACCAGCCUCGAGGUGUUGUACUCCUUAGUCUCAAAGAUAUCACCUGACUGGAUUAGCUCCAUGAGUAUUAUUCGAUCCCACCGGACCCAAGAGGACACUGUGGUGGCGCUCUCUGUGACAGGCAUCUUGAAGGUGUGGAUCGUUACUUCUGAAAUGAGUGGCAUGCAGGACACUGAGCCAAUAUUUGAGGAAGAAUCCAAACCAAUUUAUUGUCAGAAUUGCCAAAGCAUCUCUUUUUGUGCAUUCACACAAAGGUCACUUUUGGUUGUGUGCUCCAAAUAUUGGAGGGUAUUUGAUGCUGGAGACUAUUCCCUGUUGUGUUCAGGUCCCAGUGAAAAUGGGCAGACUUGGACUGGAGGGGACUUUGUGUCAGCUGAUAAAGUAAUCAUUUGGACUGAAAAUGGGCAAAGCUAUAUUUACAAACUUCCUGCCAGUUGCCUUCCAGCUAGUGAUUCAUUCCGCAGUGAUGUGGGAAAAGCAGUUGAAAAUUUAAUUCCUCCUGUACAACAUAGCCUCUUGGAUAGAAAAGAUAAAGAGUUGCUAAUUUGUCCUCCUGUUACUCGGUUCUUCUAUGGAUGCAAGGAGUAUUUUCAUAAGCUAUUAAUUCAGGGUGAUUCUUCUGGAAGGUUAAAUAUUUGGAACAUAUCAGACACUGCUGAUAAACAGGAAGAUGAAGAAGGGCUGAGAAUGACAACUUCUAUUAGUUUGCAAGAGGCAUUUGAUAAACUGAAUCCUUGUCCUGCUGGAAUUAUAGAUCAGCUAAGUGUGAUUCCCAACAGUAACGAGCCUCUUAAAGUAACCGCAAGUGUGUACAUCCCAGCACAUGGCCGACUUGUUUGUGGCCGCGAAGAUGGAAGCAUAAUUAUUGUACCUGCCACACAGACAGCCAUUGUACAACUACUGCAGGGAGAGCACAUGCUUAGAAGAGGUUGGCCACCUCACAGAACACUUCGUGGUCAUCGGAACAAAGUCACAUGUUUGCUAUAUCCUCAUCAGGUCUCAGCUCGCUAUGAUCAAAGAUACUUGAUCUCUGGAGGUGUGGAUUUUUCCGUCAUAAUCUGGGACAUAUUUUCUGGAGAAAUGAAACAUAUCUUCUGUGUUCAUGGUGGCGAGAUUACUCAACUUCUGGUUCCACCUGAAAACUGUAGUGCAAGAGUGCAGCACUGUGUGUGCUCUGUGGCCAGUGACCACUCAGUAGGACUUCUGAGCUUGCGCGAGAAAAAAUGCAUCAUGCUGGCAUCUCGUCACCUUUUCCCUAUUCAAGUGAUCAAGUGGAGGCCUUCUGACGAUUACCUUGUAGUGGGAUGUUCAGAUGGGUCUGUGUAUGUCUGGCAAAUGGACACCGGUGCAUUAGAUCGUUGUGUAAUGGGGAUAACAGCUGUAGAGAUACUGAAUGCUUGUGAUGAAGCCGUUCCUGCAGCCGUAGAUUCACUUAGUCAUCCAGCCAUCAACCUCAAACAAGCUAUGACAAGACGGAGUCUUGCGGCCCUUAAAAAUAUGGCUCAUCAUAAGCUACAAACCCUUGCUACUAACCUCUUGGCUUCUGAGGCGUCUGAGAAGGGGAAUUUACCUAAAUAUUCUCACAACUCCCUGAUGGUUCAAGCAAUAAAGACAAACCUAACAGACCCGGACAUCCAUGUGCUUUUCUUUGAUGUGGAAGCGUUGAUUAUUCAACUCCUGACUGAGGAAGCCUCUAGGCCGAAUACUGCACUUAUUUCCCCUGAGAAUUUGCAAAAAGCAUCUGGCAGUUCAGACAAAGGGGGCUCUUUUCUAACUGGAAAACGAGCAGCAGUUCUCUUCCAACAAGUGAAGGAAACUAUCAAAGAGAACAUAAAAGAACACCUCCUGGACGAGGAAGAUGAGGAUGAGGAGAUACUGAGACAGAGAAGGGAGGAAAGUGAUCCUGAAUAUCGGGCCAGCAAAUCCAAGCCACUGACCCUAUUAGAGUAUAAUUUAACUAUGGACACUGCGAAAUUGUUUAUGUCCUGCCUUCAUGCCUGGGGUUUAAAUGAAGUUUUGGAUGAAGUUUGUCUUGAUCGCCUUGGCAUGCUGAAACCACAUUGCUCAGUGUCAUUUGGUCUCUUAUCGAGGGGAGGUCAUAUGUCAUUGAUGCUUCCCGGUUAUCAUCAGGCUGCUUGUAAACUACUACAGGGGAAGGCAGAAGUAGGAAGGAGGCUAUCAACCACUGAGGGAGUAGGAAAGGGAACUUAUGGAGUGUCUCGAGCAGUCACGACCCAGCAUCUCCUGUCUAUCAUAUCUUUGGCGAAUACCUUAAUGAGUAUGACCAACGCAACUUUCAUUGGUGAUCAUAUGAAGAAGGGCCCAACCAGGCCACCUAGACCAAGCACCCCAGACCUUUCUAAGGCAAAGGGUCCCCCUCCAACUACCAGUAAUAUUGUACAAGGACAGAUUAAACAAGGAUGGAGUCAGUUAGCUGCCAUGCACUGUGUUAUGUUACCGGACCUGCUGGGAUUGGAUAAAUUCAGGCCUCCACUUCUGGAGAUGCUGGCUCGAAGGUGGCAAGAUCGAUGCUUGGAGGUUAGAGAAGCCGCACAGGCUCUGCUUCUGGCAGAGCUGAGAAGAAUUGAGCAAGCAGGACGAAAGGAAGCCAUUGAUGCCUGGGCUCCUUAUUUACCUCAGUAUAUGGACCAUGUCAUAUCACCUGGAGUUACCGCAGAAGCCAUGCAGACCAUAACCACUGCUCCUGAUGCCUCGGCACAGGAAGCCAAAGUCCCAGAAGAAGAACAUGACCUGGUGGAUGAUGACAUCACCACUGGUUGUUUAUCAAGUGUCCCACAAAUGAAGAAAAUUUCUACAUCUUAUGAGGAAAGACGGAAACAAGCCACUGCGAUUGUUUUACUAGGCGUUAUAGGAGCUGAAUUUGGUGCUGAAAUUGAGCCUCCCAAACUGCUGACUAGACCUCGGAGCUCUAGUCAGAUUCCGGAAGGAUUUGGGUUGACUAGUGGAGGAUCCAACUACUCCCUGGCCAGGCAUACUUGCAAGGCGCUGACGUUUCUCCUGCUACAGCCUCCGAGCCCCAAACUUCCUGCACACAGCACAAUCCGGAGAACAGCCAUCGAUCUGAUUGGGCGAGGAUUCACUGUGUGGGAGCCUUACAUGGAUGUGUCUGCUGUUCUCAUGGGGCUUCUAGAACUCUGUGCAGAUGCUGAGAAACAACUUGCCAACAUCACAAUGGGACUGCCUCUCAGCCCAGCAGCUGACUCCGCCCGCUCCGCCAGGCAUGCCCUCUCCCUGAUCGCCACGGCCAGACCACCCGCCUUCAUCACCACCAUCGCCAAAGAGGUUCACAGACAUACAGCUCUUGCAGCAAAUACUCAAUCACAGCAGAAUAUACACACUACAACUCUUGCAAGAGCGAAAGGGGAAAUCCUGAGAGUUAUUGAAAUUCUUAUUGAAAAGAUGCCUACGGAUGUUGUGGAUCUUCUUGUAGAGGUUAUGGACAUCAUUAUGUACUGCCUUGAAGGAUCUCUAGUUAAGAAGAAAGGCCUUCAAGAGUGUUUUCCAGCUAUCUGCAGGUUCUACAUGGUCAGCUAUUACGAGAGGAAUCACAGAAUAGCCGUUGGAGCACGCCAUGGUUCAGUGGCCCUAUACGACAUCCGGACUGGAAAAUGUCAGACCAUCCAUGGACACAAGGGACCAAUCACUGCAGUGUCCUUUGCUCCUGAUGGACGGUAUCUCGCCACCUACUCCAACACCGACAGCCACAUUUCUUUCUGGCAGAUGAACACGUCGCUCCUGGGGAGCAUCGGCAUGCUGAACUCGGCCCCCCAGCUGCGCUGCAUCAAGACCUACCAGGUGCCCCCGGUGCAGCCCGCGUCCCCCGGCUCGCACAACGCGCUCAGGCUGGCCCGGCUCAUCUGGACGUCCAACCGCAACGUCAUCCUCAUGGCGCACGACGGGAAGGAGCACCGCUUCAUGGUCUAGGGCUGCCCUCCCCUGCCCCGAGCCCCCUCAGCGCCGGCCCAGGGCUCCGCACGGGCCACCUGCCCGGCGUGCGGCCAUCCUGUCGCUCGGAUGGGAGGGGAGAGCCAGCCAUUCCUGGGGACGUUCUUGUUGCUUGGCGGCCACAGAAGCUUGGAAAUCAAUAACCACUGUGAUUGCGCUCCCAGCCCCAAUCAGCACUUGCAGCCCUCCAAGCCAGGCUCCACAGCGCUGCCCGAGCCUGGCCAGCCCAACGCUCACCCGGCGGGUGACUUGCCAGCCCUCACUAUCGAAAUCACUUCCUUCCUGUCUCCUGAAACCUACUGUUGCCUACCAAACGGACUCUGUGUUUACAUGGCUGUUUUCCUUCCAGUGAUGGCUAGGAAAUAAUUCCAUUUCCUAGGAUGUUGCCACUACCUAGUUGAUUUGAGACUGAGGAAAUAUUAGAAUAUGUAUACUUUUUCCUUAUAGAAAAAAAAUACAGUUUUCCAGACACUUCACCUUCUAAACUGCUCAUUUCCUGCUUAAAAGAUAGUAGUAUAUUCAGUAGCUUACCAUAAAAAUGACCAGUAUUGUGGUCUAUCUAAUAUGGUUAUCCAGUCACUAUAUAAUCUAUAUCUCUGAGAGGGACUUUCGUGCUACAGUACCAAGUUUGGAAGCAUAGCAUACAUCUAAACUGAAGGCCUUCCUGUGUGUGGCUGUAGACCCUUUGUUGAGGAAAGUUUCCUCCCUCCUUCCAGGACCUUUGCAACUGGAAGUUCCCAUGUGUGUGACAUACGUCAGUUAUCAGUGACUACUGCAAGCCGGCCUUCCAACUACUGAUCAGUUAAAGGAAAACUACAAAGGCAUUUAAGUAAACAUCUUUGAGAACUAAUUUGUUCAGCGUGUAUAUAAAAUAUGAGAGCUGUUGAUGUAUUUCAGUGGUAUUAACAUAAAAGUUGUUCAUAAUACUUCUAAGUAUGCUCUAACUAGAUCCCUUUGUUCUUGUGUCAAAUUAUUCCAGACUUACUUAUAGUAAUAGAAAAAAAAAACCUGUAAGAUAUCUUAUGUACAAAUUGCUCCUAACAAACUUGGGUCUAUAUAUAGUUCAGAUGAGACUAGUUUGGUUUGUUGGUUGGUUAUUGAUUAAUUAGUUGAGCAAAAUGGUUUACUAAAUGCAAAAGUAAAAAUGAUUUAUUCAAUUUGGAGAAAAGUAUGCAAAAUGUCAAAAGGAAUGAAAACAAUAAUGGGAGCAUUUAAUUUUUAAAACAUAGAUUGUCAGAGUUUAUAUAAUACACAGAAAUGUAGGAGCAAGAUCCUGGAACAAAUAUAUCUGUGUUUUACUAAAAACAGACUUUUAAAGAGCAUAUGAAAAAGUUAAGAUCCCACUCCCCAGAAGAUCACCUUCAUCCUGAUAUGAAAAGUUACUUCCAUUGAUGGCAACUCUGUAAACCAAGGAAUACUUGGUUUUAGACAGAUGUUCUUACAAAGGUGAAUUUAUGCCCAUGUGCAUGUACAUUGUAUUUAUAAUAAGUAUAUAUGUAGUUCCAGGAAAAUAAAUAAGAACUACACAGUGUGGACUUCGUUUGGUGGACUCGCUGUUGUGUUCAGUGUAGAUAGAGAAACCUGAAGUAAACUAAAACUUGCACUUGGCUUUUCCAGUGGGCUUCUGAGCCUGCUGUAUACCCGGCACACAUUUACUUUAUGAAAUUAAAUACAAAUGAAUUUAUUCUAGACUUCAAAACUAUUUGGAAAGCAGAGGUUACACCUCCACCAUAGGGGACUUGUUUUCACAGGGUGUUCUAUGCCUCAGGAAGAAGGUGUGGGACCAGUAGAUAGGCUACGGCGAAUGUGGGGCUGGAUUCCACAUGGAGGUUGAGCACAAAGCUGAGGGCUCGGGGAGCAGGCCUGCAGGUUGGAGACAGCAGCCCUUCCGUGUCCCCUGGCCAGACUAUAGACUGUACGCUUCUGUGGGCCACAUGAAAGUGAUGGCUAGACAUCCCUAAUGACUGAACUCCCAUUUCAACUUUUGCUAUGUGACGCUGUCCUUGGCUUUUUUGACAGCCACAGCCCCAAAUUUCACUCGAGCUUGAAUUCUCAGCCCUGACUAAACGUUGUAUUCUCAUCCCAGUGUACGCUUUCAGUGUUAUAUUGAUUUUGUUGGCACUGCAUUUGAACCCGUCCUUGUAAAUGUAGAGACAUAUGUGGCUUUGUUGGUAAUUUACAAGCAAAUGAUGACAUAACAUGACACCUGUAUGAAAACCUUGUAAUGAUUGAACUCACUGUGUAGCCAGUGAAUUAAAAAUGUCUGCUUCCCAAGACAUUUCUGGGUGACUCCUCCAUUUGAUAGAUUCUACACAUGCUGAAUGUCCCUGUGUACAUAUGUGUGUUAAAUAAAACUGAAUUGUACUG